CUCAAUCAAGAUGGGUUACCACAGGGCAUCGUUGUAUGUUCAGAUUUUGAUUUUCAACGUAUAACGAUAUUGCGAUGUAUAGAUAUGUAACUUUCUUCCAUAGUGCUUUUUCUUCACGUUAAAUAAUGGUGUACUUUUUGCUUUUCCUUGAAUUGAUUUGGGAAGAAGACCGGCUUCCUACUCAUAAAUAAUAGUAAAAGAAGUCUAUGAGUAAGUGAAAACAUUGGUGGCUUUUGCUUCAUUCCUUUUUUCUCUGUCUUCAUGUGAACAAGCUCGCAGAAAUCUAUGGUUUCCUUUACUUUCUUACGUCUAAAUACACACACAUAAUUAUUUAGAAAAAAGAAUCCUAAAUCCCGGUCGUGCGUACUGCCACUUGGUUUUCCACCCGACAAUGAUUUGGCAGAUGUUUUGUUUUGUGUUAUCAAUCUACCAAAAAGGAAGCUGUGUUGCAAUAGUUUCUCCAUAUUAAUCCUCUAGGAGUUAUAGUGAAUAAGAGAAUUGAAGAGUUUUUGAUCACUACUGUUAUUGUGUCAAAAAGGAGCUCUAGAAAUCAAAGGGUUGGUUCUUUUGAUUUGAUGGAUCCAAGACAGCUACGAUCUUGUUCAUCCUCUUACGUGUCAACGAGAAUUGAAGAAGAGAAGGUGAUAACUAGGUGUUGUAGUGAUUGCAAGACCACCAAGACACCAAUGUGGAGAGGUGGACCAACUGGUCCCAAGUCACUUUGCAAUGCAUGUGGGAUCAGAUUCAGGAAACAGAGACGAUCAGAGUUAUUAGCUAUUCGUAUUGUUCGUAGCCACAAAGUCUUAGACUCUAAAAAGAUAAAACCAAAAUCAUCGUCAUUAUCAUCAUCACAUGGUAGCGUGGCUGUGAAGAAACAAAGAUGUCUAAAGGAGAUAGAACAAGCUGCUUUGUGUCUACUGUUGUUGUCUUGUAGUUCUGUUUUGGCCUAAGAGAAAAAAAAAAACAGAGUAUCUCUUGCUGAAACGCACAGUUUUGUCCUCUGUUCUACGUUCAUCUUGGGCCACUCUUUUAAGGAUAUGAAUAAUAUAAAUUUUAACGAAA